AUACCUUCAGCAAAUGUUUUGGUUUUGAGAACAUGAACUGGAAACUUGAUCUAUGAAUCCUUUGCUGCCUUUGUAUGCAGUUCCUAAGUAUACUUAGUCAUGGACUGUCAGGGGGAUAAAGAUCACUAUUUAUAACAAUUAGAUUUUAGUGCGACUUUGUCAUUGUCAGUGUAUAAUUUCUUAUGCACGUUCACUGAGUUUGCAACCUUUUCCUUGCAUGACUAAUUAAUACUUGAUGAACAAAGUCUUUGCUCAGGAUUAUGUCUUUAUUAUUUGUAGUACAGUAAUAUCUAGAAACCAGGGUGAGUUGUGUUAGACAUUGUAUGAACAUGUAACAGAGGCAGUCCCUUCUCUUACAUCAGAAGGAUAAAGUACUAUGGGAGCCAAAAGAAACAAAUUAUUGGUCAGCCUGGAAAAAUUGCUCACAGCAAACCAGUUGUUUAACUUUUGCGUUUUUAGAGGCAUCAGAAUAGAAACAUUUCAAGGAAGGAUUUGAAGGAGAGAAGUAGCUUUGGGGGAAGUAGCUUACGCAUGAGUAAAUCUUUGUGCGCAUUGUGGGCUUCAUGAGAGAGAGCACGAGGGACUUGGAAAAUUUUAAAAAAUUGGCAAUCUUACUUUGCUUCGUGUCACAUCUUGAUGCUAUGUAAGGCGAUAUGACAGAAAUAAACAGUAAAGAAAUUUGACAGUGAAGAAAGGUAGCUCAUGGUGAAGAAGGUGGAGCCAAAAGUGGAUGGAUGCAUAGGGAAGGCUGAUGUAGUAAGAGCAACAGCAUAGAAAAGUCAUCUUCUCCAUAGCCUUUUUGAAUAAACAAAUAUAGGCAGAGGUAAAAUUUUGCAAGACUGCAAGAGAGAGGACACAAAAUGACAGACACCUCAACUAGGGAAUUUAACUUUGUGCUUGGCUAGCAAAGUCUAGAUCGUCCAAAUGCUAUGUAGAAUGAAGCAGUCUGCUUGAGUAACAGGAAGGAUGCGUCUACAGUGAGAUUGAGAAACGCAUAAUAUGAAAAAUUCAAGAGCUCAGUUUUGGCUAUGUUGAGUUCAAACAGAUGGCUGUACUUUCAGGAGAGAAUUUAGGCUCAGAUUUUGGUUUCAAGAAUGAGAGGUCAAUAGUGGGGAGAGAUUUGUGAGGUGAUAUGUACAGAAUACCUGACUUUUUUUUUUUUUUUCUCUUUUGCAAAUGAGAUCAUCUAAGAAUUGGAGAAGCAGGACUGACCCCAAAGAAUUCCCUUCUGUUUGUAAAAGAAUUGGAGGGAGAAUGAGAUGUUUUCUGAACAAAAUUUAGUUGAUAGAGCAGUGAGGGGCAAAAAUAAAAUGGAGAGAAGUCACGGAUAGUGAGGGUAAGCAACACUUUUUCAGAAAGAGCUUUGCCCCUGUCGCAGGCAGCUGACAGGUCAAGGAUGAGGAUGGGAAACCGAUCUUAGGCCAGGAAGAGGUUAUUGCACAUUUGGCAAUUGUUGCAACGGAGUGGAAGGAACAAAAGUUAGAUUGGAGAGCACUGGUUGGAUGGAACUGGAAGACGGAAGUUCCAGGUAACUAGAUAUUUGGAAAUAACCAUUACCCCUUCUUCCAUUUAUGAAGCGAUCAAACUGUUUGUAUUUUGAAGGGGAGGAAACUGAAGAGUCAGAAGUUGAGGAGAAGGGACAAGGUGGGGAUGCUGGAAUGGGUGGAUUAGGGGAGGGGAGUAGAUAAAUCUUAAUUUAAUGGUGUAGGAAAGGAAGGGAGUUGGGAAAUCUACAGCUUAGGGGCUUUUUUAUUUAGAAAGUGAUGCUUUGUAGAGAGAGACAUAGUUUUGAAGUGGGGAGGGGGAAUCGGAAGGCAAAUAGCAAAACCACACUGUGUAUUGAGCAUCAUGCUCAUGCUGACAGAUUUAUGAGACUUGCAUUUAAGUUUUUCUGAGAUAAACACCAGGGAAAUUGGCUUCUGUAAUGAUGUGUAUAGACUUUCAGUUUUGGGGGAAGGUUUUGCUCACGUGUUAAACUAAAAAUGGCAUCUGGGAAAUGUAUGAUUAGUAUUGCCAUAGUUUUUAAUUAGAAUGUAAAUUUCUGUAUCUAAUUUUAGGAUGUCAGUUGUACUUGCAUAAGGCUUAACUUAAUGCUGACUUUCAGCAAACUUGCCAAGAAAUGCACAGUGUACACAGCUUCUGCAGUACAUGCACACCUGAUUUAUCUGCUGUAUGUUUCCACAUAUGACAUGACCCAGAUUCCCCCAUGCUAUUUCUACUAUUUCCUUCAUUUUAGCUGUUCUCUCAUUUAACUCCAUACCACCUGUAUAGUUGAGCUUGCUUUUGUUUCACCCUCUCCAAAGUAUAGAUUCUGAUCCUCCACCCUCCUGUUUUUCUCUCUGCAGCUGGAUUCCAGAUGGUAUACUGUCAAAACGUUUCUCUUCUGCAGUUUUUGAGCAGCAGCUGUUUAAGCCAUCAGUUAGAUCAGGAAUCCAUGCCUGAUUCGGGUCAGUUCAACGCAGCAUUGAGGGAAUGAGGAAGCCUUAACAAAUUUAUGAAGAAGCAUCUUUGCUGUAGAAGAGGAAGGUAAACACUUGCUUAGUGCAAGUUUGGCACCUGAUCAUUGUGACAUCGCACUGUAAAUAUCUACUGAAAGUUGGCUCAUCUUCCUUUGUUUGCUGCUGAUGACAGACAGUAGAGAUGGAAUCUAAUUUUUGGACUGGCCAUAAAAAUGAGGAUGAAGAAGAAUUCUUGCUUGCAAAUGUUGUGGCACUAAGGAGUCAGCUAAAGGAAACCGAGAGAAGUCUGCAAAAUCUAGGGGAAGAGCUUUCCAGUUCAAGUGAAGGUUCUCACUGCAUUUCCCAUUUCACUGAAAUUGUGGGACUGUCACUGGAAGAUCUUAUUCAACCUGAUUGCAGUGAAUAUCAAAAUUAUUCAGGUCGGAAGAGUGCUUGUAAAGUGUCCCACCAGGACAGGACUCCUCAAAGGAAAUCCAAAACCAAAUCUCACUCCGUGUCUGCUGCUUUUAAUAAAAGCAUGGAAAAGAAAAAGGAAAACGAACAUCUUAAAGAGAAGCUGAGUAUACUUCAUGAGCAAAAUUCAUCUCUUGUUUCUCAGAACUACUGCCUAAUGAAUAAAAUUGAAACUAUCAACUUGGAACUAGCUCAGUCAAAAACAAGAAUCUCUCUUCUUGAAUCAGCUUUAGGUACUCAUUCUGUCAAUAUUCCUUUGUUAGAAGAACAGAUUGUAAAUUUGGAAGCAGAAGUUACAGCUCAAGAUAAAGUUCUGAGAGAUGCAGAAAAUAAAUUAGAACACAGCCAGAGGAUGGUGGUGGAAAAAGAGCAUAUAUUGCAGAGGUUUAAAGAGGAAUGUAAAAAGUUGAAAAUGGAUUCAGUUGAACAGAGCAAGCAAAGAAAGAGAGCAGAACAGCAAAGAAAUGAAGCUUUGUUUAAUGCUGAAGAACUGACUAAAGCUUUUAAAAAAUACAGAGAGAAAAUAACUGAAAAACUAGAAAAGGUUCAGGCUGAAGAAGAAGUUUUAGAGAGAAAUUUAAUUAAUUGUGAAAAAGAGAGAGAAAAAUUGCAUGAAAAAUGUGUUGCUUAUAGAAAUGAACUUGAAAGCACAGAAGAACAAUUAAGACAAAUAAAAGAAGAGAAUCGCAGCACAAGAGAAGAAAUUAAGUGCCUAGAAGAAAAAAACACUGAAAUUGUGUCAUUGCUGACACAGUCUAAACAGAAGAUCCUUAAGCUUGAGAGUGAACUUACUGACAAGGAAGUAAUACUAAAAGAGAAAAAAUCCCUAAUAAGUGAAAAUGCAGAGCUAAAAGCACUUAUUGCACACCAGAACGAUCGCCUGAAGUUAUGUCACCAAGAAAUUGAAGAUUCAAGAGAAGAGCUGGGCACUUUGGAAAGUAUUAUUUCCCAGUUGUCAUUGAGUGCAUCUGAAGAGUUUAAAUUGCAUCACUCAAAAUGUCAGCUGCUCAGUUCCUCCACAAAAGAAGCUAACAACGCCUCUUGUUGUGAAUCAAAUAAAUCCCAGAUUGCAGACCUCAGAAUUAAAUUGGCAAUGAAAGAAGCAGAAAUUCAAAAGCUCCAGGCAAAUCUAACUGUCAGCAAAGUAGUUCAGCAUCUUUCUGAUGAUCAGGAAAAAGAAAAUGGCAGAUUACAUGGCCUAGAGACAGAACCUGUAAAACUGACUGGAAAUAGAUCAGAGGUGCAAAGAUGCCAACAGCUGGAGCUCAUCAGCAAACAAUUUGAAAAGGAGAAGCGAAGAUAUACUAGAGAGAUAGAAGAACUACAUGCUAAGCUGACAAAUGCAAAAGAACAGAAUUCUUCUUUAAAGACCAGCAUGUCCCAGAGAGCCAGUCAGUUUCAAAUCAUACAGGAAGAACUGCUAGAGAAGGCUGCAAAAACAAGUCACUUAGAGAGAGAAAUAACAAAAAAAUCCUCUCAGCUUUCUGCACUUGAAAAGCAGCUGGAAGAAAAGACAGUUGCUUUUUCUACUGCUGCUGCCAGAAAUGCUGAACUGGAACAGGAACUUAUGGAAAAGAAUGGUCAGAUUCGUAACAUGGAAACAAAUAUCAAUAAAGAACAUGAGCAUGUAACUAUUGCAUUUGAAAAAGCAAAGUUAAUUCAUCUUGAACAGCAUAAAGAAAUGGAGAAACAGAUUGAAAUACUUCAGACACAGCUGAAUAAGAAACAUGAGCAAUUUAAUGAGCAAGAGAAGAUAAUGUCCAUUUUACAACAAGAUAUUCUGUGUAAACAACAACACAUUGAAUCAUUGGAUCAGAUGCUGAUAGAAAGCAGAAAGGAAAUGGAAAAGCAAAAUAUCAAGAAAGAUGAAGCUUUGAAAACUUUGCAAAACCAAUUAACUGAGGAAAUGGUCAAAGGCAGACAACUUGAAUCAGCUCUAGACCUCUGUAAAGAAGAACUUGCAGUAUAUUUGAGUCGGUUAGAUGAAAAUAAGGACUCAUUUGAAAAACAGCUAAAGAAGAAGUCUGAAGAGGUGCAAAGGUUACAAAAAGAAAUAAAAUUAAAAAAUCAAAAUCUUCAGGACACAAGUGAACAAAACGUCCUCCUACAACAAACUUUGCAUCGGCAGCAGCAAAUGUUACAAGAAGAAACCAUUAGAAACGGAGAGCUAGAGGAUAGCCAACUUAAACUUGAAAAACAGGUAUCUAAGCUAGAGCAAGAACUUCAAAAACAGAGAGAAAAUUUAGAAGAAGAGUUGAGAAAAGCAGAAGGGAAACUCCACAUAUCUUCUCAGGAAGCAGAUUUAAAAAGACAGAAAGUCGCUGAACUUACUAGUACAAUCAGGCAGAUUAAAUUAGAGAUGGAUCAAUGCAAAGAUGAACUUAUUGAUAUGGAGAAAGAACUAAUACAAUUAAGAAGAGAUGGUGAAACAAAAACAAUGCAGCUAAAUCAGUUAGGAAUUACUUUGGAGCAGUUGCAGUCAGAAGUAAAUAAAAAAACAAACCAAGUGACUGAGUUAGAAGAUAAACUGCUUCAGAGUGAGGCUUGUCACAAGAAUGCCUUACAGAAAAUAGCAGAGCUGGAGACUGAGUUACAGAAUGCCCAUGGAGAGUUAAAAAUCACUUUGAGACAACUACAGGACCUGAGAGAGAUUCUUCAAAAUGCACAGUUAUCACUGGAGGAGAAGUAUGCUGCUAUCAAGGAUCUGACAGCUGAGCUUAGGCAGUGCAAAGGUGAAAUUGCGGAUAAAAAGCAAGAACUUCUUGACAUGGACCAGGCACUGAAAGAAAGGAACUGGGAACUGAAACAAAGAGCAGCUCAGGUUACACAGUUAGAUAUGACUAUUCGUGAACACAGGGGAGAAAUGGAGCAGAAAAUAAUCAGAUUAGAAGGCAGUUUGGAGAAAUCUGAAUUAGAAAUUAAGGAGUGCAACAAACAGAUUGAGAGUUUAGAUACCAAACUACAACAUUCUAGAGAUGAGCUUCGUGAAAAAGAGUUUGAACUGCUGCAGAGAGAUCAAGAAAUAAAUCAACUGAAAAAAGAAAUUGAAAGAAAACAACACAGACUCACAGGUAUUGAAAAGACAGUGAAAAACCAGGAGAAGUGCAUUGCAGAUCAGUACAAGGAAGCACUAGAUUUAGGUCAACAAUUAAGGCUAGAACGAGAACAGAUGCAGCACAUUCACUUGGAUCUGCUGGAGACUCGCAGGCUGCUGGUUCAAGCUCAAAGAGAAACAGACAGACUUUCGCAUGAACUGGAAGAAGUGAACCAUCUUUCUCAAGAAAAGGAAGCUCGUGCAAACUGUUUGGCAGAAGAACUAGGUGCUGCUCAAGCGCAUGAAGCCCAGUUACAAGCAAGAAUGCAAGCAGAAAUAAAAAGGCUUUCAGCAGAAAUAGACUCAUUAAAAGAGGCUUAUGAGCUGGAGAAGCUUGCUCAUCAAACAGACCAGGAAAAGUGGUAUGUAUCUAUAGACACCCAGAAAUCUGGCUCUCAGCAUCUAAGUGGGCAGUUGCAGCAGCUGAAGCUGGAGUUAGAAGAGGCUCAAGACACUGUCAAUAAUCUGCAGCAGCAGCUUCAGGCCAGAGAUGAAAUAGUUCGUGCUGCAAAUGAAGCACUACUUGUGAAGGAAUCUCAAGUAACAAGAUUACAAACCAGAAUUGCUGGGCAUGAACGAACAGAAGGUAUCAAGCAGCUACCAAUACCGCUUGUAUUAUCAACUCAUGCAUUGUUCAGUAAUCAAGAACAGGAUUCUUCCAGAUAUUCUCAUGCUUCAUAUUUUAAACAGAGAAAACUACGUCGAUCUAUAAGUGCUAGUGACUUAAGUGUUAAAGACAGCGAUUCACUAGAUCUGUCAAAAAGCACAUUAGAUGAUUUCAAACAAAUACUGAUGUUACAGUCUUCAGCGAUUCAAGACGGUCAAAAGGAUUUUUUUCAUACAACAAAUAGGUUGAAUGAAUCCUCAUUUGAUCCCCUGACAUUUGCUUUAGAUGAAGAUAUGGCUUCUGACUGUAAUGACUUCCAAACUCUUAGUGGAAUGCUAAAAUAUAUCAACAAAGAAAUGAGGAAAUCUGAAAAUGCUUCUACACAUGUAUCGCUCAAUGCAAACUCAAAGGAAAAUCAAGCAUGUGCUUCUGUGGUAGGGGACAAAGAUUAAGAAGAAAAGAUACCAUCAGUCUGACAAGCAAUAAAGUCAAAAGUGGAAUUAUUUCCAACACAACAUAGAAUUUAAAGAGGAAGUGUUAAUAUAGUAAUGUGUAUAUAUUUUAAUGUAUUUAUGUUGGCUGUAAAUUGCAACCUUUUUAUUUUUCUAAAUUUAUUAUUAUUGUUUUGAAAUAAUUUGUAUAGUAAUUCUGUUUUGGAAAUAAACUUAUUUUUUAAGGUUUUGUUGAGUUCUGGGGAUAAAUAUAAAUUGUCCAGACUUACUACAGCUUUCUAAUUAGUUGCCUUACUCUUUUUAUAUCUAAUUUCUACCUAAAAGUGCUAUUAGGUAUUUAAAAACUUUAUUUUCUUUAUACAGUAAAUGAACUGUCAUUAGUAAGAAUUUUUUUUCCACUGAGCUGACAAAUACCAAGGGGUUCUCAACCCCUGGCCUGUGAGCCAGAUCCAGACACUGGGCCAUGUCAUCUGGCUCACAGGGCUCACCACAGGUCCAUGGGGAGCCCCAUGGCCAUAGCUCUGUGUGUAUGAUCUGGUGCACAGGGCCCAAUCCUGGCACUCAGGUUGGAGCAGGGCCCCAAACUUCAAUCCUGGUAUGUGGGCAUGGCGCAGGGUCUGAGUUGGCCUGCAGAUUGACCACAUGCUAUUCGUCUGCCUGGGUGGCCAAAACCUAGAACACUACUGCUUUAGGCUUGAUCAUAAUGUUCAGUUAUGAUCAUAAACAUCACUAUUACAAAUCUUGCUACCACAAAUAGUUUCAUUUACAGUUUACUUCAGAAUAAGUGCUAAGGAGAAUUCUGCAGUAACGGGCCAUUUUUAUGGUCUAAUUCUGUGGUAAAGAGAAGAUGUGCCCUCAGUGAAAACAGGGUAACCCACUAUGGCUUAGCUUCCAUUAGUAAAUGACAGGGUAAGAGUGUGUACGUUUGGGCUUUUACCAUGACCUACUGACACAGUCAAGCCCUGGUUCUUUUUACUUCCACGAUAAGUUAUUUACUUCCAUACUCUUGGAACUUGGUCAUUCUCUAGCUGAAGCCCAUGAAAAAGCUUCCAUUACUUUCAGUAAAAACAAGUAUGUAUCUCAUUUUUAUAAACUGUAAUAAAAUAAAUUGUUUUUUGCUGCUGCUGCUUCUUUUUAAUAUCACACAACUCAAGUCACGGACAUACUUUUUAGCCAAUUUAAAAGGGGGAGGAGAGCUGCUAUUCUGGAGCAUGCAACAGCUGUUAUAAUGCAACUGUUAUGUCUGCAUGAUCCUGUAGCAAUACAAAUUAGCUAAAUCAAGGGCAUCAAGGAUAGGGCCUAUGGAGCCCCCAUCAUUCAGUCCCAGACCUGGGAUGGGUCCUCAAGUGGUGCUCACCUGGCAGGUCCUGGACAUGUGCCACACAUAGUUCCUACUCUGGAGUCCACUGUGCACACAGCAUCAACGCAAGGCCAGUCUGGGUUGUCCCCGCUCUUCUCCCCCACCCACCCCUUACGUGCUGAAUUUGAUGCCUAUUUUGGCUGGUCCAGGAUGUGAUCUGAGUGUGGCAUCCUCUCUGGCGGGUCUGGGGUGGGGGGGUCCAACAUUGCAAAUGGCACCAUCUGGCUGGAGCAGAGUGCAGCACAGUCCCAGAGUAGCCAGAAUGGGCCCUGGAUC